AGCAGCAGGACCGACAGCCCGCCCUUCUGUUCUCCCAGGUCUUUCUUUAUCCAAUCAGAGCAGCAGGACCGACAGCCCGCCCUUCUGUUCUCCCAGGUCUAUUUCUUUAUCCAAUCAGAGCAGCAGGACCGACAGCCCGCCCUUCUGUUCUCCCAGGUCUAUUUCUUUAUCCAAUCAGAGCAGCAGGACCGACAGCCCGCCCUUCUGUUCUCCCAGGUCUAUUUCUUUAUCCAAUCAGAGCAGCAGGACCGACAGCCCGCCCUUCUGUUCUCCCAGGACUUUGGUGGGCCGUCCCCAUCCUGCUCAACUGAACCCCAACCAACGCUGUCGCUGGGUCCUGACGGUAACCGCGGUGACCGGGACCACACACCGCAGGGGCAGGAGAUUGGUUACCCUGGAGGCCUUGACAGCUUCAGUGAAAUACCUAGAUUUAACAUCGUAGUCAAAGAGGAGGAGGAAGAUUUAGAGGAGUGGAGUUUUAAUUAUACAGGAGAGAGUCCAAACCCCAGCUCUAGUGAUGAGGCGUCAGCUGAACGAUGCCAGGAGAAUCGCACAGCUAAGAAGACGUUUUACCGCUGCCCGGAGUGUGGGAAAGAGUUUCCUCACCCAUCAAAACUACAGAGACAUCUUAGAACGCACACAGGAGAGAAACCAUAUCCUUGCUCUGUGUGCGGGAAGAGAUUCAGUGAUACAGGGACCCUCAAAACACACGAGAGGUUGCACACAGGAGAGAAACCGUACAUUUGCCCGGAAAAGAACUGUUGGAAGAGGUUUGUCAGCCAAGGAGAGUUAAAACUACACCAUCGGACACACACCGGAGAGAAACCUUGCCACUGCUCUGUGUGCGGGAAGAGUUUCUCACGUAUGUGGCACUUGAAGGUCCACAUGAUGACGCACGCCGGAGAGAAGCAGAAACUCAGCAUGAAAAAACCUUUCCCAUGCUCCGAGUGUGAGAGGGGCUGCAACUCUGCAGCAGAGCUCAAGAUGCACCAGAGGAUGCACACUGGGGAGAGACCAUACCAGUGUUCCACAUGCAAAAAGACCUUUGUUUUCCCAAGCUCUCUAACAAGACAUGAACAAUCCCAUAUAAGCGAAGCGAAUAGUACCGCCAAGCCGUACAGCUGCUCAGAAUGUGGGAAGGAAUUCACUCAGCCAUGGACCUUAAAGAUACACAUGCGCCAGCACACCGGAGAGAAACCGUACCACUGCGCUCAAUGCGAGAAGAGGUUCUCCUCGUCGUCACUCCUUAAAAGACACCAGAGGGUUCACACCGGAGAGAAACCAUUCCAGUGCUCCGACUGCGGGAAGAGUUUCUCCUCGUCAGCGAAUAGAACCAGUCACCGUCGUCGUAUCCAUGAAGGUAUACAGGGUGGGUCACAGCGGCAGGAGGCCACCUCUGUGGACGGUACCAGUACGGCUGGACACAAACCCACAGAGUCUCUGCCUUCUGACCAGAGCCAUAGUGAAUCCUCCACUCAAACUGCUGGGAUGACUGUUAACAUUAAAGAGGAGGAGCAAACACUUGGACUGAAGAUUAAAACUGAAGAACUGGAGGAGGAGGACGAAGAAGAAGAGGAGGAGGAGGAAGUUGUUGGGCUGAUUAAUUCUGAUGGAGAAGAAAUGGACUGGGAUUCUUCUCUUCUUGGAUAUAAUCCCAGUCAGAGUUCUGACAUUGAAGAGAGUCCCUCUACAUCAGGAGAACCUGAACAUCACCAGGAGAAUCACACAGCUAAGAGCUCUCACUGCUGUUCAGUGUGUGGAAAAGACUGCCAAAAAUUAUCGGCGCUACAAAAACACAUGAGAAUUCACACAGGAGAGAAGCCUUACCCCUGUACUUUGUGUGGAAACCAAUUCCGUGAGAAGGGACACCUGAAAGCACACCUGAAAACUCACACUGGAGAGAAACCUUACCACUGCCCCGCCUGUGGGAUGAAGUUCGCCCAUUUGGGAGCCAUGAAAAUACACCUGCUGACACACACUGGAGAGAAACCUUACCCCUGCUCUGUGUGUGGGAAGAGUUUUACCCAGUCAUCGCGUUUGAAGCAACAUUUCCGGACGCACACAGGAGAGAAACCUUACUCCUGCUCUGUAUGCAGGAAGAGUUUUGCAAGACCAGCAGACCUUAAAGUACACCACAGAGACCACACAGGGGAGAAACCUUACAGCUGCACUGAAUGUGGCCAGAGCUUCACCAGUUCCCACAACCUAUGGAAACAUCAGAAGACCCAUCUACCACCUGGACUACCACAACCUGUUGAGUUUGACAACCACAACCAAACACCAGAGAUGAAUGCUAAAAACGAAGGACUGAAGGAGGAAGAUGAGGAGGAGGAGGAAUUUAGUGUUCUGAUCAAUUCUGAUGGAGAAGAAGUUGGAUUGGACUUGGAUCCUCCUCGUUUCAAUCCUCCUCUGAGUUCUGAGGAAGAGGAGAGUCCGUCAACAUCAGGAGAAACUGAACAGCACAAGGUGAACCACAAUACGGCUCUGAGGUACAGCUGCUCUGUGUGUGGGAAGCAGUUCAACCACAAAGGACAUCUGCGAAGACACGAGAGUGUACAUUCAGUUGAAAAACCUUAUGGUUGCUCAGACUGCGACAAGAUGUUCGGUUCCACCAUAGCUCUGAAUAGACACAAGAAGUUACACAGAGAAGAGAAACCUCACAUUUGCACAGUGUGUGGGAAAGGUUUUGUUCAACUGUCACGUUUGAAGGAACACUACCCGACGCACUCUGGAGAGAAACCGCACUGCUGCUCUGUGUGUGGGAAGCGCUUCACAACUGCUUCGUACCUCAAAACGCACAGCAAAGUCCACCUGGGGAGAGUCCCUAUACCUGUAACAUAUGUAGGAGAGAUUGCCAGAAGUUGUCCGCAUUCAAGUUACACAUGA